GCGGCGCUGGUCGCAGCGGGCGGAGGAGAGAGCGGCCGAGCCGGGGCUGAGGCGGGCGGCUUGUGGCAGCCGGCGGCUGGCCGGGUUCCCCAGCGCUGCUGUUGCCCGGCGGGGGUGUUACCGCGGGCUGCAGGCGCUCCUCUCUUUAGGAGGAAAGGCAGGGGAAAGCCUCGACCCCUUUGGGGUCUCCUGUCAGGCUCCGCACCCUGCCAGGCGGCUCCCUGCCUGCCGACUCCGUGCGUCGAGCCGUUGUGGGGACAUGCGUGUCUGGGACAGCCUUUCUCCAUUCCCAAUGCUGCCCUCCUGGGUUCCGGGCGUUGCCGCCGGGAUUGCCUCCUUACACCUCAUCCAGAAACUCCUCUUCCCCUACUUCUGGGCUGAUCUGAGAUACUUGCUGAAAGUACUGAUGCAUGGGCUGAAAGUGGAGAUCUACAGGCUGCGAGGGAAGAUUGUCACCGUCCUGGACAAGUUUGUGAAGCUGGCUGAGGAGCAGCCCCACAAGCCGUUCCUCAUCUACGAAGGGAAGGUGCACACCUACCAGGAUGUGGACAGGCGGAGUAACAGGGUAGCACAGGUCUUCCUUCACCACGGUGCUCUGAAAAAGGGUGACACGGUGGCCUUGCUGAUGGGUAACGAGCCUGACUUCAUCCAUGUGUGGUUUGGACUUGCCAAGCUGGGCUGUGUGGUGGCUUUCCUCAACUUCAAUAUCCGCUCCAGAUCUCUCCUACACUGUCUCAGUAGCUGUGAGCCCAAGAUACUGAUUGUGGGAGCAGAUUUGCUUGGGACGCUAGAAGAAAUUCUUCCUAAUCUCCAAAAGGACAUUAGUGUUUGGAUAAUGACCAAAGACUCCACUUUUCCAAGUGUGCAUACUCUUUUAGACAAGAUGGAGGCUGUUUCUGAAGACCCUGUUCCGGUUAAUCGACGUUCUGCCAAUAACCUCAAGUCAUCUGUUUUAUAUAUAUUUACUUCAGGAACAACAGGUCUUCCAAAGGCCGCAGUUAUCAGUCACAUGCAGGUUCUUAAAGGAGCUGCUGGACUGUGGGCUUUUGGUGCUACUGCAGAAGACAUCAUUUAUAUUACCCUGCCUCUUUAUCACAGUGCAGCAUCUCUCCUUGGCAUCGGUGGAUGCAUCGAAUUAGGGGCAACCUGUGUCUUAAGAAAGAAGUUCUCAGCUAGUCAGUUCUGGAAUGACUGCAAAAAGUACAAUGUGACUGUCAUCCAGUACAUUGGAGAACUUUGCCGUUACCUUUGCAGGCAACCAGCAAAGGAUGGAGAAAAAAAUCAUAAAGUCCGACUGGCAGUUGGAAAUGGAGUAAGAAAUGAUGUGUGGAGAGAAUUUUUAGACAGAUUUGGUGCCAUUAAGAUCUGUGAGUUUUAUGGUGCUACUGAAGGAAACAUUUGUUUCGUGAACCACACAGGAAAAAUUGGAUCUGUUGGACGCACCAAUUUCUUUUAUAAGCUUUUUUUUCCAUUUGAAUUAAUCAAGUAUGAUUUCCAGAAAGACGAACCAAUUAGAAAUAAGCAUGGUUGGUGUGAGAAAGUUAAGAAAGGUGAGGCUGGUCUUCUCAUUUCCAAAGUGAAUGCAAAGAACCCCUUCUUUGGUUAUGCUGGCAAUAAGAAACAUACAGAAAAGAAAUUACUCAGUGAAGUAUUUAAGAAGGGAGAUCUUUAUUUUAAUACUGGAGAUCUAAUGGUUCAAGACCAUGAGAACUUCCUGUAUUUUUGGGACAGGAUUGGAGAUACCUUCAGAUGGAAAGGGGAGAAUGUUGCAACAACAGAAGUUUCUGAUGUCAUCGUAAUGUUGGACUUCAUACAAGAAGCAAAUGUGUAUGGUGUAUCUGUGCCAGAUCAUGAAGGAAAAGCAGGAAUGGCCUCUCUCAUUUUAAAGCAGAAUAAAUCAUUGGACUUAGAGCAAAUGUAUAAGCAAGUGGUGACCUAUCUACCAAGUUAUGCCUAUCCUCUUUUUUUAAGAGUCCAGGAAACAAUGGAAAUGACCGGAACUUUCAAACAACAAAAAUUUCGAUUAGUGGAUGAAGGUUUUAAUCCAUCUACAGUUACUGAUCCUCUUUAUUUUUUAGAUAAUUCUAAGCAAGCAUACAUCUUGUUAACCAAAGAAGUACAUGAGAGGAUCUUAUCUGGGCAAAUGAAACUUUAAUUAACCGUAUAAGCUUAUAGGCUAUUAGUAGACAGUCUGUGUCUCUACAUGAGCUACUGUGUUAGAAGCAGUGAAAAUAAUUACCAAUAUUUAUAUGUUAUUAUCCAGAAUAGUAUUUUAUAUACUUGAUAUUUACUUUCAGAUAUGUCUUGUAUCCUUCCUCACUUGAUAAUUGCUCAUUUCUACCUCUUGAGAUCAGUUACAAGUAAAUGACCUGUAAAACAAGAUUGAAAUCUAUUUUAUAUUAAUUUUGUAAUAUAGAUGCAGAGUCUGAUAGUUUUUCUUAGUACUAAAUUAACAUGAAUGAUAUGGAGAAUGCUAAAUAGUAAAAAAAAAAAAAGAUCCAACGUAUAAAAAUAUAGUGACA